UCUCUGCCUCUCUGCUGCUGCUGCUGCUGCUGCUGUCACCUGUGUUUGAGGAGGUGUAGCUCAAUAAUGUGGCUUCCCGUGUUCACACAACCUAUUUUUAGCUCCUUUAUCGUCAAACAAACAGAAAGCUAAACUACAGAGGUGUAGACAGAGCAGGAGGCUUGCUGCUUUCAUUUCAUUGUGAGCGAGAAAGAGGCGAGGAAGUGAUCUGGAGAAGGGGAGCAGUUCUACAUGUGUGUGUGAGUGCGUGAAACGUCCAGGAGCUGAGGGUUGCUCUUAUCGUUUUUUCGUCAAUUCUGAUGGAGUUUUCUGAGCACAUCAAGACAGCCAACGUGGAGAACGUGGUGCUGCGGCAGCCCCUGCACCCACCGAGCAGAGGCACCCUGUGCGUCACCGGCCACCACCUGCUCUUCUCGGAGAGAGAGGAGGGGAGCGGUCGUCAGGUUCUGCUGCUCCUCAGAAACAUAGAUGCCACUGAGAAAAGUGUGGAAAAUCUCUGGGGCUAUUCCGGCCCCUUCUCAGGCCGCAGUGAAAGGAUAUCUGGAUCCUCAGGGACAUUAACCCUCAAGUGUAAAGAUUUGCGAGUGCUCCAGCUCGACAUCCCAGGCAUGGAGCAGUGUCUCAACAUCGCACACUCUAUUGAGACCCUGUCGUGUCUGGACCGCGUGUCUGAGACGUAUCCGUUCUUUUACAGACCCCCUGAUCUCAGCCUGCAGGAACCCUGGGGUCUCUCAUCCCCUGAGAAGUAUUUCAGUCACACGAAGGAGCUCCAUGACAGCUGGAGACUGAGCAGUGUGAACAGAGAAUACUCAGUGUGUCCCAGCUACACCACAGCUGUCAUCGUUCCUAAGGAUGUGAACGAUGACAUGCUGGUCAAAGUGGCCAAGUUCAGACAGGGAGGACGCUUCCCGGUGCUGUGCUACUACCACCAAAAGAACGGCGUGGUCAUCAUGCGCAGCAGUCAGCCACUGACAGGAGCCAACAGGAAGCGCUGCAGAGAAGAUGAGCUCCUCCUCCAGGCUGUGAUCGACACCUCAGACAAAGGUUACAUUAUCGACACACGCUCGAGUCAGCAGGCUCAGCAGGCCCGCAUGACAGGCGGAGGCUUUGAGUCCAAGUCGUGCUACAAUAACUGGAAGCGACUGCACAGACAGAUGGAAAGAGGUAAAGCCCUGCAGGAGAGUCUGAUUAAGCUGGUCGAGGCCUGUGGCGAUGAAUCCCAUAAUAUGGACCGUUGGCUCAGUAAGCUGGAGAAUUCAAAGUGGCUGUCGCACGUCCAAACCGCUCUGUCAACCGCUGGCCUGCUGGCAGAGUGUGUGGAGAGGGACGGUCACUCAGUCCUGGUUCAUGGCUCUGAAGGGACAGAUUCCACGUUGCUCAUCAGCACUCUGGCCCAACUCAUCAUGGACCCGUGCUGCCGCACCAUGGAGGGCUUCCUGGCUCUUCUGGAGAGGGAGUGGGUGCAGGCGGGACACCCGUUCCAGCAGCGGUGUGCCCAUUCGGCCUACUCCCACACUCGUCUCCAGCAGGAGUCGCCGGUCUUCCUGCUGCUGCUGGACUGUGUGUGGCAGCUGUGGCGUCAGUUCCCUCUGGCUCUGGGAUUCUCUGAGACGCUGCUCCUGAGGCUGGCGACCGAGGCCUACGCCUCUGACUACGGCACCUUCCUUUGCAACAGCGAUCAGGAGAGGUGUUUACUAGAAGUGAAGAAGAAGACUCACUGUUUGUUCCAGGCCCUGUUGAGACCUAAGGAGAGAGAGAUUUACUCCAACCCUCUGUACGAGCACACUGAGCUGGCAAUCUGGCCCUCGGUCCACCCUCAGUCCCUGCAGCUGUGGAAAGGCUUUUUUCUGAGGUGGACCCAACAGACUCGGCACCUGGAGGAAGCUCAGGAGGAAAUUAGAAACAUGGUGAUUGAGUGGGGGAGGCUGGUGCUCAGCUGAUAGAAACAACCCUCCCUUCCAAUAUGAAAGAAUAUGUAUGGAUGGAUGGUCAGUGUCAACGUGUUGAGCAUGUUGAAUGAGGACGAAUGUGUAAAUGUCAGGAAUCUUGACGACCAGCCGGUGAUUUUAUGUAAACAAUUUUUUAUUCUUUCAUAAAACUUGAUUUAAGAAAGCAAAAAUGUGUCGUUUGAGGCUUUUUAGUUUAAUUACAGAGAAACAUCAUCUGUUUUUGCAUAACUCAACUGGGUUUAUUAUUUUCUUACAUAUAGUCAUUCAUAAACACCAUC